AUGUCCAAGGUCUAUGACCUGGCAGUCACGAUACCGAGUUGCAUGAAAGACUGGAUAUACGCGCUGCUUCAAGCUUCCUCGUUGGUGCAGAAUGCAAACUUAUGCCCCUCCACUGCCCAAUUGAUCAGCUUACACACGUCUAGUAGAAAUGUGCGAUUGGACUCGGUAUUAUCUUUUGUGGAUUCGUCCGUCAAGGAGCUCGUGGAUGUUCCAGGAGCUGUCAUUCCCGACGCUUACUAUGACCGAAUGGAAGGUCUCGUGGCAGAGUUUGUUGCUCACGCUAGAGACAAUGCAGAUGGGUGGCAGUUGCAGACUGACCAACGUGGAGUCAAAGCUUAUGUACGUCGUGCUUCUAGACUAGGAAUGAUCAAAGGCGUGGGCUUUAUUGCUCAGCACCCGCGCAAGGUGCUGCAGCUGGUGCUGGAGCUCUCAAGACGACAUACGUACGACCCACAGCUGCUGGCCGCGCAGCGCGUACAUGUAUUUAACGACCACACGUGGGUAGACCACUUCACUUACAAAGCCAUUUUCCCUGCUGCAGAAAGGGAUUUCGUUAAUCUCACGCAUUGGCGUGUACUAGCCGAUGGAUCUAUAGUCGCUGUGGCGACCUACGCGGACGACGACACCUUUGUCAAAAGUCAGGAGCCGCAAAUUAUGCGUGACAAAACCAUGAUGACUGGAUUCCUAAUCACGCCUAAUGAGGACUAUACGGGCGUGAACGCUACGUAUGUCACUAAGGUGGAGUUAAAAGCGGGCAUUCUGGCUCGUGUUCAGACCAAGAUGCUUAUCAAGCAGGCGUUCGUGGUAGACAGAUUGCGGAAGGCUCUGAAUGAGGACAAGAGCCUUCGGCAUCAAAAAAAAGACGGGGACCAGGACGAUCACGGUGAAUCUCGCUCAAUGGACCGUCCGAAUGUUGUACCGGAGGAGGGGUUCCCUGCUGUUCCGGUAGAAUAUGGCGAAAUAAUUGAAAAAGCAGUGGCGCGAAUGGAAGAUGAGUUGAACGACAUAUCGUCCUGGGACUUCAUUGGCGACAAAGAUGGUGUCAAAGCCUACACUAAGGUGGAUGGUUCGCUGACAGCGGCGAAGGGUGUGGGCUUUUUGGCGUAUCACCCGCGUGUCAUUUGGGACCAGUUUAUUGAUGCCGCCAAACGAAAGCUUGUGGACCACCAGCUUGGCCUUGGCAUGACAUUGAAAGUGCUGAACGCACAUACAAGCAUCGAUUAUUUGGAGUACAAGUCCAAAUUUGUGGUUGCUGGCCGCGACUUCUGCAACCUCGUGCAUUGGCGUGUACUACCUGAUGACACCAUUAUUGUUGUUGCGCAGAGUAUUGAAGAUCUGGAGAUCUGCCCUCUCAAAGAACCUAAAGUCGUCCGUGGUGAUCUGCACUUUGCGUGCACCAAGAUUGUGCCGAAUGCAGCGUAUGACGGUGCCAUGGUGACUACUAUCGUCAAAACAGAUCUCAAGGGUAGUAUCCCUGCACGCAUUGCUGGAAAAGUAGCGGCUGAGCAGCCGUUUGUCAUUGCUCGGAUGGGUGAGAUUAUCAAGGCGAGACGCGAUCUCAACCAGGUAGCGGCACAAGGAAAAUUGACUAACACGGUGUUCAAGGUUCCAAACAAGCGGUCAUUAUCAUCAGGCUCGGCAAUGCCCGGCAGGUCCUCAAUCAUAAAAGAAGUGAGCGAAAGUCGCAAUGUGGAUGCUUUAUUGUCUAAUACAUCAGAUGGCAAGUGUCAGGUGUCAGAAAUGCAGGCGAGCAAGCAGGAGGCAGCUGUAAAGUUGAGAAAGAACACCGUGCUUGACGUUGGAACGUACAUGGUUCAAUUCGGAGGGGCAGUUUUGGUGCUGGAGACUAUCAGUCUUCCCACAAUUUUGCACUUUGUGGUUGUGAUCCUGUUGAUUCUGUUCUUUGAAUUAAGACUUCACCCUGGUUCAAGUCAAGUGUCAUCUCGAAACAAGUAG